CGCCAUCGCGGGUGCGGGCGCGGAGACACAUGACUGACCUGAAGUGCGCGCAAUCAUGCUGCAGCUGUCAUGCUCGCGCGCUCUUUCCUCGAUGCGCGACCCUGAAGGUAAUGAAUCGCGGCUCGAGUGGCCGUCGCGUCAAUAUCCGCGGCCUCCGCUGCAGCAGCCGAUGCGCGAAAUGUCAUCGCUCAAUCCUUUCGGCCACGUCGUCUAAAUUACCCCGAGACUCUUCAGUUUAGGAUCGUUACUUUUUUCGUCCAAAUUUUCCAAACUGGAACGUAACAACGGCAAGAUGUGCAACUGUCCCGAGGAUAAGGCCAGUCCGCAGAAGGAACCCGUUACUCCGAAAAACGACAACCAGCUCUCGCCUCAGGGAGCGAGUGCCGAGCAGCAGCGCGAGACGCGGCAGAAGAAGCCCUGCUGCAAGACCAAGCGAGUCCUCACUUACGAGGACGAAACGAUAAUCCCGGGCCAGUGUCGAGAUGACAACGUCAUCGCUUUACCGCCACCGUGUCCUAGGCGCGCCUCGCCGAUGAGACACUGCGACCUCAGUGGGAUCGCGGUUGUUCGACGUCGCAUCGACACGAGCACAUCACCCGAGCGAAAAGCCGAUACCUCCAAAAAAGAUACCGCGGCUGAGUCACUCAAGAGCGACGCUGACAAGGUUACGGAGAAAGAUAAGAAUCCAGAGAAAGCCAAGGAUCCGGAAGCCGCGGGGGAAAAGGGUAAGGAAUCCGCUGAAGACAAGAAGGACGGCGAGGACAAACCGAAAGAAAGUGAAAGUCCACCAGCGCCGAGCGGGGAACCACAGCCGGCAGCCGAAGCUUCGGUACAGAUGAAAGAUAAGGAAGCAAAGGAUAUCGUGACUUCGACGCCCUGUCCGGGAAAGCUAAACCCCAACAACGAGUGCAACUGCUCGCCCGUUCCAAAAAUCGCGUGAGGUGAUACAUUUUUUACUGUGGAUGCGGCCGGUAUUCUUCGAAAGCAAAAAAAAAAAGAAAAAAACAGAAAAAUUAAACUAACCACUUGAUUCCGA